AUAUAAUUAACCAUCAUUUGAAAUAUAUGGCGAAUAGAAACAAUGUGACAGAGUUUAUUCUACUGGGGCUUACAGAGAACCCAAAAAUGCAGAAAAUCAUAUUUGUUGUGUUUUCUGUCAUCUACAUCACCACCAUGACAGGAAAUGUGCUCACUGUGGUCACCAUAAUUGCCAGCCCAUCAUUGAGGUCCCCCAUGUACUUUUUCCUGGCCUAUCUCUCCUUUAUCGAUGUCUGCUAUUCCUCUGUCAAUGCCCCUAAGCUGAUUACAGAUUCACUCUAUGAAAAGAAAACUAUCUCAUUCAAUGGAUGUAUGAUUCAAGUCUUUGGAGACCAUUUUUUCGGAGGUGUUGAGGUCAUCCUACUUACUGUAAUGGCCUAUGAUCGCUAUGUGGCCAUUUGCAAGCCCUUGCACUAUAGCACCAUCAUGAAGCAGUGUGUGUGUAGCCUGCUAGUGGGAGUGUCAUGGGUAGGAGGCUUUCUUCAUGCAACCAUACAGAUCCUCUUCAUCUUCCAAUUACCUUUCUGUG